GUAGAAAGGCACUGAUUCCGCACUAGGCGGGCCUGCCUUCAGUCCAAAAAAUUCCUUUAACUAACCAAGUUGUUUGUGAGUCCGUUCGAUCCAGCUCCGACAGGGUUACGAGUCCAACCUCAAGCGACUUCCUGCGCGAGCAGCUUAACAACGACAAAAUGCCGUUCUCGAGCGACUCAGACGAUGACAGACGCAAGGGCAAGAAGAACAAGGAGUUUCACGUCAACCCGUCCGGCAACCCGAAGUACGCAAGCAAUAGUCCAAGAAAGGGAAAACUAGCAAGUAGAAAAAUCGAGAUCAACAAGAAACGUUCUCACGUAGAGGCCUUUAAGGAGAAUGAAGAUAAAGGAGACCAACAAGAAGAGGAUAAGAGAGUUGACGACGAUGACGAACAAGGCGCAGACCAUGAUUUGGCGGAGAGGAUCGCUCCAGCGGAGGAGAACUCUCCCGCAGUUUCUGGCAAGGAAGACAACUUUGACGUGGAGAUCAGAUGCAAAGUGCCCGAUGUGCCCCUUGUUACAAAGUACAGAGGCGGCGAGUUCUACUUUGUUCGCGCGUGUUACAAAUCCUACUAUGUGAUGGUGGAAGAUCUGCUGCUAAAGGAUGGGAAGGAAUGCGUGACAGUGACCGGGACCCCAGGAAUUGGGACGUCGAUCUUCUACGCCUAUUUCUUGGAACGGUUCAAGAAGGCCAACCCAACCUGGACUAUUAUUGCGUCAGCGCAUACUCCGGAAGCAGGAGUCACAUCGUUGGCUGUGUUUGAGCCUGGGAGCAACACUCCGCCGAACGGUUGUGUUUACAAGCCCAAACGAGAGAUGGCUGAAGGAAAGCUGCAACUAGCUGCUUCCGUUCUGGGAUACUCCAUUAGUGAUGAUGAGAUGGAAGAACGAUUCUGGAAUUUCGGUGGAGUGGCCCGCAAUUGCUUUUUGCUUGAGCGAGAAGAGGUUGUGCUUACUAUUCAAGAUUUGACGAAACCGAUCCAGCAGAUUACUAACCGAGGACAUCUCGAAAACCUGCUUACGAAUAGGAUAAACACUACCACGAACCACGAUUUCUUGUAUUACGAGCCCAUUGGUGAUGGAAGGUUAGUAGAAACGAAGCUUGUGUCCGAAAUGGUGUGCAAAAAGCUUUCGGAGCGUCUGCUGGGCGUAAUAGAUGGCAGAAUGAAUGAAGUUAAGGGAUUGCUUGACGGCAUACCCCCCGCUGCUUCGCUAAGAGGAUCGAUGUUUGAAGCCAAAGCGCAUGCAAAGCUUCGCGACGGACUGAAGCUGAAGGUAUUGGAGUUGAAGGCACAAGGAGUGUCUACCGUCAAUACGCGACAAAAACGGGAGACUUUUGACAUUGAGCAGAGCGAUCCCGUUGAUGAUUUUGAGCACAGCGCGUUGUCUUCUUUGCUACUGAACAAAGGACCGUACCAUCAGCCGAAGUCGAAAACGAUGGAGUCAAUUGAUGGAUUCUACUUUCCAAAAACACCUGGUAGCACGACUGCGACACCGUCAAUGAAUACUACGAACAGGCGUAUACUUUUCUUCCAAAUGACGGUCUCCAAGACCCAUCCAGUGCGUGCUUUUGGAAUCAUUUACGUACUUGACAGACUUGGUUUGUUGGAACUAGUCAAGGCCAAUCCCAAGCGAGCUGCGCUUGUAUUUAUGGUUCCUCAAUCUGGUAUGAAGGACUUUGAACGACAGAAUGUCAUCUCUGAUGAGGUGUUGCCACAUUCGAUCAAAGACAUAAAAGGCAUUGGACCCGCUACAGCGAGCCUGCUCUUCACGGGCAAAGCUGUCAUUUAUAAUGGCUACAUCAGCUCGACAAAUGACGAUAAAUACUGA